UUUCUCCAUUUUCCUUUCCCCUUUUCUAGAUGUUCUUUUCUCUCUUAAACUUCUUCUUUCCCCCCGCCCCUCCCUUACAAAAUUCUCUUCCAAUCCCUCACAAAAUCUUCGUAUAUACCCCCUUGGGCGCGACUGAGACGGAUCGACGGAAAGAUGUAAUCAAGGUUGGGGGGUCUAGCUGGAAUCGCAUCGCGGCCAGAGAGGUGCCCCGUCUUGCCCUCAUUUUCACAUGUACUUAUUUAGGAUCUUAUUCUAUUUUACAUAUCACAGUACCCAGUCUGGCAAUUGGCGACAAGAAUAUGUUUUGUUUCUCCCAUUGAUCAUGCCCCCGCGGCUAUCCCCUCCCGUGACUUGCCUGAAUCCACACAAAAGGAAACUUGUGAUCAGAGGACGCAGACCACCGGGAAACAUACCCUUCAUCAAACAUUGGCUACGGCCUUCGAUCGUGCAUGCACCGGUAGGCCGGAAAGGGAAGGGGGGGCGAGACAGGUAUCGCAAUGACGACCUCGACUCAAGUCAUCGCGUCGGGGGGAGGCGACAACAGGGACGACAGGGACAGGGCCGGCUGGAAAGACAAAGUCUUGUCGCAAGACUUGGAAGAGACUUCCCAUUCCCGGAGCUGGAAAAAGGCAGGAUGGAUGGCUACACCUGCCGCUCACUUCAACUGGGCGUCGAUGGAAAGAUGGCGAUUCCGAGAAAAAAUUAAACCAGAAAAAGGUCGGCCACGGAUGUAGAAUCGUAGGUAGGGAAUUACUGUGUAGGUAAAUUGAGAGAUUUCUCAUCAUCUUGGCCGUGUUCAUUCAUCCCCCCCUACUCUCAAAGUCGGGCAGUCUAGUCUCCUCCUUUCCUCCUCCCCC